UUCGGCUACAACAAGCUUAUUCCACGGUCUCACGAUCGCGUUUGCAGCUUGCAGUUCGCGUUUGAACGGCACGAAGGGCCUCCAGCGGUAAGUGACUUAAGGUAAGGUUUUUUGCCACUAAAAAUUGUACAGCCUCGCGUUUAAAGGCACGAAAUGGCUUGUUAUAUCCGUCUGGGAUGUGUUUAUUGGAUUUUUGAACUCAAAUCAUCGAAUUAUUCCUGGUUUUCGGGCGAUAAAAGUGAUGUACUUCGACUUGAUGAAAAAAAAAGAUGGCGGCACUAAACAACAAAUGAACGCAUAACUAAAAUUUGAAAUCUUAGCAAUGUGAUAUGAAUUUGGUUCCAGUGUCUCAGACUAAUGGUUAAGGCCGAAUAACCUUCGAAAAUAAGAGGGGUUGAAAAAUACGAUUUAAGAAAUAAUAAACCCCUGUCAUCAGGCUCCAACUUGAAUUAGAUAUCUUAGGCCCGGUUCAGACGCCGUAAUGAGCCUAAUACAUUGAACCUAAUACAUUGAAUUUCGGCGUCUGAAUCAACUAGUAGCGCCUGUUUCAAUUUGGAACGUCUCAGCCGUUCUUUCCGCCUAGCCGGGCCGGGAAUUUUGCAUUUGGAUCGACUUUGGGACGCCUUUGAUUCAGACGCCGAACUUUUCAUGUACUGAACCUAAUGCAGAUAUUCUUGUAACAUAUUUUAUUAGCAGUUUGACCGAAUUGAGAAUUGUUCUCCUGUCUGAAUUUGGUUCGGCUAGAACUAAGAUCGGCGUCUGAAUCAAUUCAGCCGGUCUAAAUAAUCUGGGUCGGUUUUAAUUCGAAUUAGGUUCGGCUCAUGAAAAAUACGGCGUCUAAAUGUGCUACUAUACAGCCGAUUUUUUAAACUCUGUAUCACCGCCUUGUGAUGGUCUUUGAAUAAACCAGAAGCGCGACAAUCAGUAAGCUGUCAAAACUUCCUAGGAAACUACCGGUUCGUAGGCAAACUACAUCCUAAUGUAGAACUAAUCUAACAUUUGUCUAUUACACUCAUCUGCAAUGUUGGUUAAAAUCACUUUUCGGAAACAAAUCCGCUAGAGACAUUUACCCUUCGGAAUCAGCAAUGCUAUGUGGUUGCUUCGAUACAGCAUUUAUUAAACAGCUUCCCUAAUCGGCCGCACUUUUUCUUUGCGACCUGAAUAACAAAUUGUAUAAACGUUUGGAUGUAAAAAGAGGUCUAAGAAAAUUGUUACCGUUCCACUGCUGGAAUUAUUCAAAGCAGACAGCAACACAGCAAAUCCGUCAGCCUGAACAACUAGCGUCCUUAUGCAAAUUUCCGUAAAGAAUUUGAUGCGUAACACCGCAGUUAGCUAUUAUUUUCAUAAAAAAACUGAAGGCUUGCAUGGUAUAGGGUGUUACCAUUCACCAUAUCUUGAUACAGACCUACAGAUCGUUUUCACUGUCACGCAACAAAAAAGUAGAUUGGAAACCGUCCAGUAGAAGAAGGCAAGAAAAGGAAAUGUUAUAAAAGACUAAUAUAAAAACAAUUUGUCCAAGUCCCAGGUCUUUGUGGCCCAGAGUUUCUGAGGUAUUUGCCGCAACGUUUCACGCAUCUUUGCAGAGCAUUGUGCGGAGACGCCAUAUUGGUGUACCGUUUUGGUGCACCAAUAUGGCCGCCAGAAAUCAACAAAAACAUCUGGAGUACAGGUAGCACUGGUACUGGAGGAAAGCUCAGCACAUCUAACAAAACGCCAUCGGGCACAGAAACAAUACAACGUUUCGGUCAAAAGCACUCAGCGCGUCCUGCUAACUAGUUAGGAAUGACAGUCAGAGUUUAGUUUGUUCCUCGGAAUGCAAGAUAUACGGCUACAAGGAAGCUUGCAUUCGUUCGUCGAAAGUCCCCGGAAAACUUUUUUUUUUUUUCACCCAAAAAGUCUCUCCAAAGUUUCCCGUAAAGGUCUUCAUGUGUUUUUCUUAAACGCACCGAUUUUUUGGACCCGAAAAUGAGGACGUAAUUUUAACUCCGAUAAUUCUCGGGUGCUCAAUGAGAGAUCCUGAAAACUUUUGAGAGACUUUUCAGGCGGCAAAAUUAGUCCUUGUGAGCAUUGGCUGACUAAAAGUGCGGAAAGCUUACAGAAGUCAGGCUUCACUUUUUAAAAAACACACAAUGCAGACAAUCCUUCUCAAACAGACGGACAGUGAAAUUAACUUUGACGUGGUGGAUAACAAAAAAAGAUAAGACGACUAAUAUAUUCAGGCUUCUAGAUUUGUUUUAUAACCCCUACUAGUUUUGAGGUACUUUAGGCAAUUACAUAAUCUCGUUCAAAUGGCAUGUUCGAAUCACUUUUAUUGUAGUAAUUUUGAACCAAAAAAGAAGACAUUAUUUUACUCGCUUCUUUCUGCAAUGUGUCGGUAAGCUUAAACAGAAGCUAAAUUUUUAACAGGCCUCUGAAUUUUUGUAAAAAUAUAUGUAUGUAUGUAUAUAUAUAUAUAUAUAUACUUGUAUUCUGGGUAGAACGUAUUCCGUAGAGCGCUCAAUUCAUUUAAUUGAAGAGCAUUGAUUAUUAAUAAUCACAGUAGUUCAGGCUUCAGGAGUAAUCAUUGAUCGUUUAUUGCGACAGUGCUGUUUCGUAUGGUCCGAAAUUGUAGGACCACACUCAUCAGGCAACUUCAACGAUUGACCGUUAAAAUUAAAAGCUGGCAGUAAAUAUAGGGAUGCGUUAAGAGAUAGUAUCUAGGUAACAGAUGGAUUGUGUCUUAGUUACGUUACUCUAGAGUUCUGAAGUACAUAUCUGUUUCUGUGGGGGCAUGAACUUGCUAGUUCGUUUCGCCUGUUUAGGCUACAAAGCUCUUUUUUACAAAUGAUGAUUAACAAACCUUUCCAGAUAAAAUGGAAAGUUUUAAAGAAAUGUAAAGCUUAUAGCAACAUUAGCAAAAAAUGUAAUCUUUGUCUUUAUGAAAAGUUUAUCAUCAUUUGUAAAAAAGAGCUUUGUAGCCUAAACAGGCGAAACGAACUAGCAAGUUCAUGCCCCCACAGAAACAGAUAUGUACUUCAGAACUCUAGAGUAACGUAACUAAGACACAAUCCAUCUGUUACCUAGAUACUAUCUCUUAACGCAUCCCUAUAUUUACUGCCAGCUUUUAAUUUUAACGGUCAAUCGUUGAAGUUGCCUGAUGAGUGUGGUCCUACAAUUUCGGACCAUACGAAACAGCACUGUCGCAAUAAACGAUCAAUGAUUACUCCUGAAGCCUGAACUACUGUGAUUAUUAAUAUAUAUAUAUAUAUAUAUAUAUAUAUAUAGCGCAAUAGUGUAAUACAAUUAAAGGGACUGGUCGUUUAUUACCUAUGGGGUGUGGGCUGCCAUUUUGCUGGAGGUCAUUUUAAUAACUCUAAUGAAAAUGCAUGGUAUAAAGCAAUUUCCUCCUUUAAGUGAGUGGUGUUGGUUGAUAUUGUUUUGCUAAGCCCACUAACCAGCGACUAUGUCUUUCUCGGCUCUUGUUUCAGACCCAGCGGGAGAAACAAGAGCCUGUAAACGCGUCGGCUUUCUCAGGCUAGCGAGAUCGAGAGCAGACAGAUUUGCGUUGUUAAUACAGUCGAACCCGUUUUAAGGACACCCGCUUGAUACGGACACUCGUUAAAUUGGACAAGGGACAAUUGUUUGUCAAUUUCAGAAUAUUCUGGCAUGAAACGAGAUAUACAGAGAACGGGUUUUGAAUAGCUAAUGCCUUAUGUAUAUUUUAAUUCCACACUUUCUCCAGCAACGUAACUAACAUCAGUACACUCCCUUACAAAACUAGCUGAAAAUGCACAAUGUCCAAACCGAGAAUAAUUCAUGUACAGCAUCGCAACAUAAAUUAUUACAUGAAAAACAAUAAUACGCAAUACAAAAACAACUAUAAAAACACGUACUCUUGAAACAAAACUAAAGGUUUAGUGAUAAUAAUGCCUAUCACAACAGUUACGAAACCACGGUAACUGCGUUUUGCUUCCCCUUGUUGACAAUCAAUAAACAGCUAUUUCAAGAAAGGUUGUCAGGAAAAAUGUGCGCGCUAGAAUCCCGAAAGGUAAUAUGGGAUAUGAUCAAUACACUGUUCCUAACGACUGCAGCUGUCGAAAAUACUUUUGUUGCUUUUCAUUAGCACUCGCAAACAUAUGUCCGUGGAGUGAAGUCGCCAUAUAACACAGACAACACACGUUUUUCAACAACAUAUUGAUGCCUUCCUGUUCUUCAACAGUUGUCCAUUUCAUCCCUACUUUGCAAUUCACUCGGAUCAGAAACAUCCAACUCGUCCUAACCUGAGAUCAGGCCCAAUUUUAGCUGUUCUCAUACAUUCUCUCUAACGGCUUCCGCUAAAAUUAGGCCUGAUACAAACUCUCUCACAAGUUUGUGUUCACUGCGGCAACACUGAUUGGCUGUUAGAACAAUGCCACAAGAUCUGAUUGGCUGUUAGAAUCAACGGAAGUUGAAAGCGCUUUUUCCUCGAGUGGUUGUUUUCGUGAAUGAUCCACCAUCGGUGGAGAGAAGGAUCGAUUUUGCUGUAUUUUUUUAUUGUUUUAUGGUCUCAAGCCAGGAUAUGCACUAUUAUUUUUUUCCAAGCUUGCAAGUGGGCGGAAUCGUUGGCAGCUUCAUUUACAAGUUUGUUUGUUGUUUGUGAAUGAGCAAAACCCGUCAUUUUCAAACCAGUUUUCUUUUAAAACCUGCGCUAUUAUUAGUAUUAGCUACGGAAAUUGCUACAUUUUUUUUUUUUGUAUUUUAUUUAUUUAUUUUCUUUUUACAGGUAUAGUACAAACAACAUAAAGAUCGAAAAAUACAAACAUUACAAAAUUUACAACAACUACCUUAAUUACAAAAAAAAAAAAAAAUAGAAAAUAGAAUAAAUAAAUAAAAAGCUACACUGCACUACACUACAAGGCUUACAUAACUUAUUCGACUUGAACUUAAAAUACAGAGUAAUACAGGGAGUAUUAGAAAAACGAAGUUUGGAUAACAGCUACUGUUGUAUUAAUGGGAGUAACGGCUUCCAUUUUUUAUCAUGGAAAUGGAUUUUGUUGUUUCUUUUCGCGAUAAAACGUUCGGUUUGAAACGUUUUUUUAAAUUUAUCGACUAACAGUCUUACACAUAAACAGCCCUUAUUUAACUUACAGCGGUAAAUAAAAUAUUUGCUUUCAAGAAUGAUGUAAUUGACUAGAAUGCUUAUAUUAUCUGUAUCUAGGAUCCCAAAAAGGACAUUCAUGAUAUCAAAUCUAAUAGUUAUAUUAAAAGAAUCAAGUACAGACUUUAAAUCAUUCCAAAACAUGCUUACUUUUGUACAAUGGAAAAGAGAUGUUCUAUGGUCUCCAACUCCUUUUCACAAAAAAUCGCACAAGGGAGAAUCUACUUUUUUGAACUUAAACAGCAUCUUGUUCGUGUAUAAGAUCCUGUUUAAUAUUUUAUAUUGGAAUUCUCUUAAUUUAGUAUCCAAUGUUGUUUUGAAGGGCAGUAGAUAUAUCUUUUCCCAGUCCAACUGAAAUGUGUGUAUGCUGAAAGCUUCGUUAUAUUUCUUUUUUGCGCUGUUGGUAUACUGGAUAUCUUAGAAACAAAACUGUCAUAUAAUGACUUUGAUUUAAGAUUUUGAAAUUGACUUUUUCCCUUCAAUACGUAACUUGAAAUCAGUUUGGAUUAGAUCAUGAGCUUUUGAAGAGAUAGAGUUUUUAUUUGUUUUUAAUAUUUUGCGCCAUUCUUCAGGAAAAGCAUUGAAGAGACUGAAAAGUAGAAAAUGUUCAACUGGUGAGAGAGUUGAAUAUAAUGGUUCCUUGUUCGACUUGAAACCUCCCCACGUGUCGUAGAGGUCUCCAAUUUUACAAUUCCAAGAUCAAUCAGCCUACUGUUAUAGACUGACUUUGAUUCAAUACAAAUAAACUGGUUGUUCCAUAUGACCUGAUUUGCUAUUUCAGAGGAUGAGGAGGGGUUGUCUUCAUUUAAAAGGGUCCACGCCACAAUGCAUUCUUUGUAAAAUUCUGGAAGAGUUACCGGUAGUUUAGUGUAGUUAAAAUUGCAAUGAAACAAGAAUUUUCCCCUACUUUCUUAAGAUAAAAAUCCAGAAAAAACUUCCAGCCAGCGGGGUCAAUGGAGAGAUAUCUCUUAAUACAAAUUAUUCUUUGGGCAGAGAUCAUGGACUCAAUGUUAGGCAUUUUCAAGCCUCCUUUAUCAAUAGGGUUAAUAAAAGCUCUGCGCUUUUUACUUUAUCUUUUCCUUCCAAACAAAGGAAUAUAGCAAAGUAUUUAUUUUUUUGAUAAACUCUUCUUUAUUUGAAAUGAGAACAACCCUGUAUAAAAUCUUUGGUAUGGCGAAAGACUUGAUCACUUGAAUUUUUCCAAGUAGUGUAAGACCUCUCCAGCUCCAGCUCUUCAGCAAUCCCUCAGAGAUUUCUCGAUUGAUUCAAAGUUAAGCUUAUAAAACAGUGCGUGAUUAAAGGUGAAAUGAACCCCUAGGAUCUUUAUGGCCUUACUUAUUUCAUUAACACCUAGUUCUGAGCUGUUUACUUCCAUACUUCCUAGUAGAAGAAUUUCCGUUUUGUCGUGAUUGACCUUCAAUCCGGAGUAUGUACUAAACAGAUCGAUAGUAUCAAAAAGGGUGCGAUGCGAAAAUUUGUCCCUAACAAAUGAUGUCAUAUCGUCAGCGAAUAUAACUAAUUUGAUUUCGGAACCAUCCACCUCAAUACCCUUAAUUUGAUCGUUAUUACGUAUGGAUAAUGCCAAUAAUUCAAGUACUAUUAUGAAAAGAGAUGGCGAGAGUGGGUCGCCCUGGCGAACACCCCGUUUAACAUUGAAAGAGGGGGUGGAAAAACCAUUAUUGAAAACACAACUUGAUAUAUUAUUAUAAAACGUCUUGAUCCACCCCAAGAAGGAUUCUCCAAAGCCAAAGAACUCUAGCGAUUUGUGGAGGAAGUUCCAAUUUAGAGAAUCGAAGGCUUUCUCAAAAUCAAUUGCAGUCAUUAUACCUUGGUAGUCUCGCAUUUUAGUAAAUUCCAACACAUCGGUUAUCGUACGAGUUGCAUCAAAAAAUUGUUCGUCCUUUUACAAAGGCAUUCUGGUCAUAAUGGAUAAUAUGUGGUAGGACAUUUUCUAGCCUUUUAGCGAUAGCUUUUGAGCCAAUUUUAACAUCAACAUUUACCAGGGAAAUCGGUCUCCAGUUUUUUGUCCAUCUCCUAUCUUUGUCCUUUUUCUCAAUUAAAGUUAUUACGGCUUGCUUUUGCGAAUGUGAUAAUUCACCAUGAAAAUACGCAUAAUUUAAUGAGUCUACUAGAAAUGUUCCGAUUUCUGACCAGAAGAACUUGUAAAAUUCUAUAGUGAGGCCAUCGUUUCCAGGAGUUUUAUCGUUACUAAAGGUAGACAGAACCUUGAAACAUUCGGAAUAUGUUAAUUGACCCUCGCACGUUUCCCGCAUUGAGUCGGUUAACUUAGGAGAUGAGAGGGUAUCUUCCAGAAAAGGACAAAUCGAAUAGUCAGUUUGUAUUCCCUUUUCGUCAUAAAGUUCAGAAUAAAAACUGUGAAUUUCAGUCAUAAUAGUGUCCGGAACAGUAGUCUCUUCUCCAUUUGCUCGAAUAAGUUUUCGUAUGCAGCUUUUUUCUUAUUUCUGUUUUCCAGGUUUAGAAAAUACUUGUUGUUUCUUUCCCUUGUUCAAACCAUGUAGCGCGGGAACGAAUGAUUGAGCCUCUUACAAUGUAAUCAUACUCUUGUUCGUAUUCUGUUUUGACCGAUUCGAGGUUGGCAAGGUUUUCUUGCGUCGGUGAUUCUGCUAUUUUUUCCUCACAUAUUUUAAGCCUGUUUUCAAUUGUUUGAAUUCUAUUUCUCCUUUCUUUAGCUUUCAGUUUGCUAUACGAUAUACUUUCCCCGCGAAUUUUGUAUUUCAUCCAGUCCCAUUUAAUUCUCGAAUCAUCACAAAAUUAAUUUCGUCUAUCCACUUAGGAAAGUUCUCGCGUAAACGCUCAACGAAAAAGCGUCAUCCAAGAGACUGUUAUUGAACUUCCAAAAAGAUGGGCCACGCUGCUGAUCAUUUAGACUGUCAAUUUCUAAAGUUAUUGCAUGGUGAUCCGUUCUUAUAGCUGUCACUAUGUCGACUUUAGCUACGUCAUCUUGUAAUAGGUCACUAAUGAGCCAAUAAUCAAGGCGUCUUUGAAUAAUUGGGUUUUUUUGUCUCCAAGAAAAUUUCUUGCUAUUAGGAUUACGGAUUCUCCAGAUGUCAACUAAAUCAUAAUUCAGCAUAAUGUCCUCCACACACUUAACUGAGUCUUUUAACACAGGGUUUCCACCCGAACAAUCUAGGUCUGGGUCCAUAGUUACGUUCCAAUCCCCUCCUAAUAUAAUUUUGUAGUCAAAAUCAUUUUAUCCCUCAUCAUAGAUAAGCUCAGACAAUGUUUGGAAGAAUAACGAUUGCUUAGUGGUGGUAUUGGGAGCGUAAAUAUUUAUCAGAAGGAAUGGAACAUCUUGAAUAGUUGUCUCUAAAAUGAGGUACCUCCCAUCCUCAUCCGAUCGAAUUGAUUUCAAUUUGAAGUCAAAGGAUUUACGUAUAAGGAUGGCGACCCCACGACUAUGGUUAGAGCCAUGAGCGAAGUAAAUGUCCCCGGACCACUGCUUUUUCCAUUGAUUUUCAAUCUCUUCAGUGCUGUAAGUUUCCUGCAGAAAGCAGAUGUCUGAAUUUUGCUUGUAUAGCCAGUUGAAAAUGGACUUACGUUUUUCAAAAGAACGGAUACCCCGAACGUUCAGCGAAAGAGUUUUAAACUUUAAGUUGUUGAAAUCCAUUGAAAUUUGCAUACGUGGAGUGGAAAAAAGACAACAACAGUAGCUGUUAUUCCCAGAAGGGUCACUAUUACUCGAACAAUUAACGCAUUCCUGAUUUUGUCAAGUGCAAACUGAAUAAAUAUAGAAUAACAUACAUAACAAAACAAAAGAAACGAGAUGAAAAACGUAGCCAGUGUAAAGAAUUAAACUGUUGAAGCUACGCUUGGACGAGAUCAAGUGUUAUACUUUUGUUUAAAUCGAACUUCAGAAGAGAACUAAGGAAUAUGCUAAUCGAUAGCUCCCAAUAGAAACGAAAAAAAUAAGAAGUGAACUACUUCCUGCGAAUUCUAAAAAUAAAUAACCUGGAACCUAUUUAUUUAUGAUUUUACCUCCACACCGUCAAUAAAGAGUUUAUAGGGUUCCGUUCUACUGAAGGCUGCCCGUUUUCCAUCUUUUCUUGCUUGUACCAUCUUCGGAAUAAGCCUCUUCCUCAUAUCAAUCACCUGCUUAGGUAGAUCUGGGCCAAUACCGAAAUUCGACUGGCUAUCGAUGUUGCGUCGGCUAGAAAAGAGGUUUUCUCGAUCUUUAAAGCGAAGACAGCGUGCUAUGAUGGCCCUGGGUUUUUUUUGUGUUUCGGUCUUUUUACCGACGCGGUGGACUCUUUGGAACUCAAUAGAUUGGGCGUUUUCCACAUUUAACUCUUUCUCCAAGAAAGCUUUCAAAACGGGUUCAGUAUUCUCUUCCCCUUCGAUUUCUGGAAUGCCGUAGAAACGAAGAUUUUCGCGGCGGCUGUACACUUCAUAAUUUAAGAGUUGGAGACGCAAGUGAUCCAACUCCUGUCGUGACUUCUCUUCGUCAUCUCGGAGUUUUCUCUUACUGGUUUCCACUUCAUCAUUCAGGAAUUUUAUGCUUGUUUUAAGCGUAUUUGUUUCUUCGACUGUAUUUCGUACGUCUUCCUUUAAGCGGUGGAAUUCGCUUUGAAGGUUUGCGACCGUUUGAUUUAUUCGAUCCACAGAGUCCUGUAAAACAUUUAUUUGUGUGCCGAUAUUCUCCAGUUGACUUAACUUUGAUAAUAUUAGGUCCACUUUGGAGGCGAAAUCUUGUGCCAUAUUGAGGGCAGACAGAACUACGUCUUCAGAAUCGUUCUUCGACUUUGGUGGCGAUACAAUGGCGGGUGGAGCGUUCGCUUGGUCUUCUUUCACACUCUCUUUCAACCGCUUCGUUUCGGGGGAAACGGUCUCGCUGGUCGGUGAAUUACUCCCUCUCGUUUUCCGUUUAAACAGAGAUGAAAGUGGCGAUGAAAAUUCCAUAAAAAAUAUCAGAACGCAUGGAAGAGUACAACAAAAGUUACGGAGCUAACAAUCACACGUCCUUACUCAGUCAUGCUCAGUCCCAGUCCCCUCGAAAAUUGCUACAUGAUGCAAAGUCGUUUCAAGAAUCUCACGCUUUUAAAUAUUGCUGGUCAAAAGAUUCAACGAUCCUCCUCCGCAAGACCGACAAUUCUCGAAUUUACAAGCUGCGAAACUUGGAAGAUCUAGAAGAACUUCUUCUAAGCCUCAACCGUCCCAUAGAAGAAUAAUAAUAAGUAAUAUUAUGCUCUUCGCUAUAACACUUGAAAAUCUAUAAUGGCAGGUGAAAAGAAAAUUACUACAAGCAAACGUGAAAUCUCUGAGCGAAAAAUUUUACUCAAAGAAUUGCCUUAUUAUAAUAAUACAGGAAGUCUUAUAAUGCUUUAUGGCCAGUUUAAUAAUAGUCUACUGGACAAACACCAGCCAACAAAAUAUGAGUUAAAAAUUUGCCUAGCCUCUAUGAUAUUAAUUUAUUUGACCUUAAUACUAUAUUAGAUUCAAACAUUAGCCCUUAUGAAAACUUACACAACAAUCAAAUAAAAAGUAGAAAUUUUUCUCCUCAUGCUUUUCACCACGCCAAAUCCACAUGGCCAGAUAAUUGCUUUUCUUUAUUUCAUAAUAACAUAACUAGCUUGAAUCAGAACCUAGAAAAUUUACAAACAUAUUUUAGAAGAAACUGAUUUUCACUUCGAUGUUAUAGGAAUCCCUGAGACGAAAAUUACCAAUGCAAAUUUAGAAACUUCAUCAUUUAAUAUUCGGGGAUAUAGAUUUGAAUUCGUGCCGACGCCUCUAUAGCCUUUGGAGGCGUUGGUCUUUUCAUAGAAAAACAAUAUAACUACCGCGUUAUUUAAAAAACUGCUCAGAAAUAAUGAAUUCCAAGCGUUGUGGAUAGAAAUAUCUUUUGUCAAGAAAAAAAAAUUAUAUCUGCGCUAUUAUGUAUAGGCAGCACAACAAUCCAGAUCGUUUCUUGCAAUAUUUUGAAGAAUCAGUUGAAAAAUAUUCGGCCACAGGAAAGCAACUUUGUAUCCUAGGAGACUAUAACCUCGAUCUUUUGAAAAUUUAAAACUCAAAAUAUAGUCAUGACUUUCUAAUGUGCCUUCAAAGCUGCUAUCUCAUUCAAACAAUUGAGUUCUCCACUAAUAAUUCUAUUCUAAGAGCUCCGUCCUAUCCUAAACCAAUUUUUGCUCGUUUCAGUCAUUAUCAGGACAAAGAUUAUGUUCUUUCCUUACGUAAGAACUUAAAAGGAACCAGCAUCGGUUUCUCAGAUGAUUUCCCGAAAGAAAUUGAAGAAAUUCGUAGGAAACUUUAUCCAGUGCUUUAAAAGGUCCAGCAGGAUAAGCAAAAAGCCUUCUUUAAUUUUGAUAAAUUGAUUAUCAACGGCCAAAUAUACAGAGGAAAAGAAAUUAAAGACCUUCCCUAUUAUUGUAAAAUGGCAAAAAAAUUAUUGAUGGUCUAACUCCAUGAUCGGUUUCAAACUGAACAGUGAAUCCAUGUCCACUAGAUGUUAAGAGUGGUUGCCAGAGAAAACCGGCAAAAUGUUAAAAAAUUCAACGGAAGGGGGUCAACAGAAUAAGUUCCUACUAACAUCACAGAUAGGUCUGGUAGAGUAAUGGACAAAUAUACCAAACAUAGGUUCUUCACUGUUCUUUUAUUAGAGAUACGAGCAUCACUUUAUUCGACCCCCUCGGACGCCAUUUUUAUAAGCUAAUUUUCACCAUUUUCUGAAACUCACAGAACCCUCAAAAUUUAACGAACGAAGUUUAUUUCUUGUAUGCGAAACAAGACAUCACAGAACUACUUUCUAAAACCAUAAGAUUUGUUUAGUAGCCAAGGACAAGAUUAAAAUUUUCUUAUUUUAUCUGACCUAAACCCAGUGUCUGCAAACGAGCAAAACAUUGGGCAUUUUUGAAUUGAUCUACAGCGCACAACUAAAACGACAGAACAACUCUCACAGCCAAAUUGCAGUCUACUAUCAUCCAUGUAACCAAAACACUAAUAAUCAUUUUGGGCCAUUGAAACAGGAAGAAAUUAGAAAAAUCAAAUUUGUUAUAGUUUCCAAGCUUUUUCUUGCAAACAGGCCAAUCCCUUCGUGUUUGUUUUAAGUCCUCUUCGUGAAUUUUCUUUCAUAUUUCGCUGUAAAGUAUGUUCAGCAGCUGGAGGACAUAUCAAAAAGCUCAAAAUACUACCUAGGUUACAUUUCACAUUUCUAUUGUUUUCCCUACACCACCACCACCACCACCACCACAUUUCUAUUGUUUUCUUUCCACACCGCCACCGCCACCGCCACAUUUCUAUUGUUUUCUUUCCACACCACCACCGCCACCGCCACAUUUCUAUUGUUUCCCUCCUUGAGUUUGGCCUCUUAGGCCUUUUGAGGGAAAACAAUAGAAAUAUGGCGGUGGUGGUGGUGGUGGUGGAAAGAAAACAAUAGAAAUGUGGUGGUGGUGGUGGAGGGAAAACAAUAGAAAUAUGGUGGUGGUGGUGGUGGAGCGAAAACAGUAGAAAUGUGGUGGUGGUGGUGGUGGUGUAUAGUUUCACUAUUCACGAAGCUGUGUUGAAAAAAGUUGAGUGUGGGGUCGAUGUAGGGUCGAUAGGAGGUCGAGUAUUUGUGGAUGGAAAAAUAUAUAGAAUAAAUGAGGAGGUGGAGGUGGAGGAGGGGAAUAAAAAACAUUGAGGAGGGAAAAUAGUAAAAAUUGUAGAGGAGGAAAUAAAAACAUUGAGGGGGGAAAAUAAUAAAAUUGUGGAGGAGGGAAUAAAAAACUGGGGACGGAAAUAAAAUUGAAAAGGGAGAGGGGUAAGUAAAACAUUGUGCGCAGUGUAAAAGAAAAGGAUGGCUUGCCUUCUUUGACUAUUUUAAUAGAAUCUUUAAUCUAAUCUUUUUGCAAUUAUUUUAAUAAAGGGUCGUAAAGUUGAUUUCUUGUGUCUUAAGAAACGUGUCUGGUUUUAUUGCUAGCAAUAUUAAGUCGCGUGUUUCAAUUGAUCCUUGUUAACUCAUUAAUUGUUUUAUUGCGUGUUUUUAUAAUAAUAAGUCAAGAUGCUCCCUUGGAGUUUUCACUGCACAGCUAAUUUGUAUGCAACGGUGGGCUUGUGAACUCGCAUAAUUACCUGACUAACGGCGUGUGAAACGCUGAGACUUCAGUAGUUUUUCAUUUCCUCGAGAUAGAUAAGAGAAAAGUUCUUUCAAGAAACUACUAUCCACUUCAUUAUAUAUGGAGGAAGGCACAUAAUUAGAUGGAGGAAAGCAUUUUUUCCCUAGGUUAUAACAAUGGGUGACGUCAUGGACUCGACCCUUAUGCAUAUUAAUAAAGGGAACGCGAGGGAGCGCACCAACGAGGCUUAAUUUCCACGUAGUAUACUACUAACUUUUGAAUUAUUCAGCACAAGAAAAUCCUUGAUGUAUUUUUUCCCUAGGGCUUUUAACAUCAAGCUCGUCAAUUCUUUUGUCCUUGUUUGACACUUAGAUUGUGAAUUGUCUUGCAAGACACAAAAACCUUUCUUUAUUCUAAAAGAGAGCAGUAAGUUCCAUAACAUAAAAUUACCUAGCUAAAAAUCAUGUUGAAAUGUUUUGUUUCGGUUCGCAAUCGAUCGCACGCUUCAUCAACAUGAACGCGUCCUACUUCAACACGCAUAGGUUGGAGAGUGAAGAAAAAAAAUAAAAAUGUUAUUCACCGGCCUAGGUCGGUCAGUAUUUGGAGAAACUGUGCCCUCGGUCUGAGUACCGCCCUCGGCCUACGGUCUCGGGAGGUACUCAAGACCUCGGGCACAGCUUCUCCCAAUACGGACCUCCCAGCCAGUGUAUAACAUAUAUAUACAUAUGUGUCAUGGAAAUUCAGGAAAUUCAAAUGGUUGUUCUUAUAUCUUCUCAGGAUUUGCUUUAUUUACGGAACUAAUGUGAGUAUGUCGCGGAGUUGAAUCCCUCUGCAAGUUGCUGACCGCGAAAGAAGGUGCCUUUUGAUACAAAAAAACGAGUGCAAAUCAAAAUAUUGUCCAUCUUAAAACUUGUUUCAUUUAAAAGUUUAACCGAAAAAAUUUUUUCGGGAAAAUUUGGGUACUAAAAAAACAAGCAACGAAAGUAAUUUUGGUUGGCUGAUUCGGCAAAAGUCAAUCAAUCAAAAAAGUGGUGGGCGGUAGACAUUUCGUAGAAGGUUUUUAACAGGCUGUCGUUUCGUUUCGCUUGCCCGCCGGAAUGUUAUUUACAAAGCGAAACGAAAAUUGAGCCUGAUCUCAGGUUAAAAUCGUCCCUAAUUGGCUCAUCCAUUUCGCCCUACACAAUAAACCAAUCACAAAAUAAGAUCAAAGAUUCAACAAAUUCAGAUGACCUCUCAGGAAACAUGCGCUUCAAAUUGUCAAUCUUUGAUUGGUACAUUUCGAUCCUCUUCUCUUCGCAUUCAAUAGGGAGCCUUAACAUGUAACAUAAACGAACCAUUUUUUAGCUACGCACGUUAAUCGGAACUGAAAGCUUUUUCCUUUUAACAGGCAUUAGCAUUUCCAAAUUUGUAUUGCUAAAUGUCUUUACACUUAGAAAAAACAACUUGCGCAAAAUUACUUUUCACGAAUGCCCAAACUCUACUUCCGGUUUCACUCAGUUUACUAAAAGCCCAAAACAAGUAAUCCUCGCACACUGACUAUUCGGCGUUCUGCAAAUAUACCCCUGGCAAAACAUUGAUUUGCCGUUCGCCCAAAUUAAAAAAAAUAUGAAUAAAUAAACCCACAAAUCACCGAUUUUUGAUUUUUCUUUUUGCUACGGUCUCGUCUCCGUGAUCUCCUGGGUGAUCUAACGGGGCGGUGAUGAGUCACUACAAACCCCGAGUGAGCCAAAAAUAAUAUUUCUUUAUUCCUCAGAUGAACUAAAAAACUAGAGCUGAUCUCGAGACAUCUCCAACAACUUCCGCCCCCACUUCGGCAACAAACUGCAAGUUUACGAUAUUCCUGAGCGUCACAAAUCCUUUUAGUAUUUCAUGCUCCGCCUGAAAUAUUCCUUGAAGCCUAACGAACUCGAAGUGGUCUCGGGAUAUUUCGAACUCAUUCCGGUGUCACUACGUCAAAUAACCGAAACACACGGAAAAGGUACCAACUUGCGUGCCUAACCUUAUCCCUUACCUAGUGCAUAACUUAUAGCUAUUUUUCACAUCUUAAAUUACCUUGAGUCGCACUGGCGCAAUCGAUUAAUCCCUCAAGUUAGGAUCUCAUCUGACCUGACGGGUCACACGUGAGCCGGUUCAAACCCUGGGCAAGCCAAAAUAAUGAUUCUUUCUUCCACGAAUAAAUUAAAGAAUAAACCAAAGAACUCGAAGCGAUCUCGUGAUAUCCCGAAGUAAUUCGGUUCUCACUUCGUCAAUUAAACGAUUCAGACCGAAGAUCCAAGGACUUUGCUUGCCCAAAGCAACUUUCGGACAUUCCUGAGCGUCGCGAAUCCUUUACUUCGCGCCCCGCCGAAGUAAUAGGCUGAUUUAGCAACAGAACGGGAACGUCAUUUGACGACGGGAAAGCGCGCGGUAAGGACUAAACUCGACUUCCGGUGCCCAGUAUGCUGCUGUGCCAUUGGUCAAGCCAGUUGUUUGAUUUGCGCGCGCCGUCGUCAACUGACGUUCCCGUUCUGUUGCUAAAUCAGCCUAAUAAAGCUCUCAGGGUACUUGAGUUUCGUAAACAUUGACUUAAGACGUUCACAUUCAAUGGUAACUCAAAUACCCUGAGAGCCUUAUUAAUUCCACCAUCUCUCACUUCGUCGCUUCGGUGAAGACUAAAGAUUCGCUCCAUAUAAGGGAAUCAAGGAUAGUCUUGGAUUCCGGAUUCCAGGUACUGGAUUUCGGUAUUUGUCGGUAGAACUUGGAUUCCGGAUUCCAAUCGUUAGUCGUAUUCCGGAUUACAAACCCAGGACUCCGGAUUCCACAAACAAAAUUUUCCCGCAUUCCGGUUUCCCUUGCAUGGGGCGAAAAGAUAGCGAGCCAGCUCGAUUGCCCAACGGAAAUAACAGUCACCGAGUGAUCUUGCCAUUCAAAGAUCAAAAGCCGGCCGAUGAGGUGAAGAAACAACUCUCCCACCUGAGAAAAAAAAAAUAGGCCACAUCCUUUAAUCAGUAUUUGCGAGCCAAACAAUUGUUAAUGUUCUUAACAUGAGUGACCCUAGACCACCCUUAAUAAAUCAACGAUGAGCGGUGUUUAAUUACCAAUGUGAUCUGUGCGAUGCAAAGUAUGUCGGCUACGCGAGCCGGCAUUUACAUCCAUGCUUUUAUAACGAUGUCAUGGCGACAUCGGAAUGUUGUAUUAAACCUUUUUCGUUUAUUUUUACGAUUAAGUUACUUUGGUAAUAAAUUAGACCCUGUAAUCUACGGCACAUUUAUGCCCAAAUCCUCCAGAGAAGACAGAGGAGAGCCAGUGUUGUUUAUUUUAUUUUUUAGAACUUUUUUUUCAGAAAACUCUUUUUUUCAAUGUUAUCCUCUACUUUAAUGCGUCCCGUUUUUAUACCAGUCGACUUAACGACUCAGACGUGAAAUAGGUCUAGAUGAUUUUAACGUCUCUACCAUUAUCUCUUUGUGUAUUGAAUUGUCCUGGUUUAUUUUCCCUUAGAAAUUUCUUUGUUUCUUAUCGAAUCUGACACUGUUACGAGCCCCCACAUUUAAAAUAUUGGAAUAUUGGGGGGGGGGGGCGGUGAGAGGUGUGUUUGUACAUCCAGUGUUCGAAAAAAAAAACGUUGUAAACGGCAAGACCUAGAAUUAAAUAUUGAACGAAAAGAAAGAUGGGGCUUUUUUUAUUGCUAGGGUUUAUAUUCAUCAACAAUUAUAAUAAUAACCCAGGGCAUUUGACUAACGGUCUGGACGCUUUUAGCUUCGUUACACUAGUCGGAUAAGUAAUCAAAUCAAAUCAAUCAACUUUAUUUAAACACGGUAAAUGGCUCAGCAAGCUGGUUUUCAGACAUGCCGUGUGAUAAUUACAAUUUAUAAAACUUAAGACUAGUGAUUAACUAACAAUACAAUAUAACAGCAAGAAAUGAGUAUUAAAGAAAUAAGAUAAAAACAUAAUAAAAAGUUAUAUCCUAAGAUAUGUUGAGUUUAAAGCUAGUAAGAUCCCCCAUCUCACAUGUUUCAUUUAGUAAAUAUUUGGCACGAUACUGGUUUGUUUUUCAGGGGUCUCUUGGUCCAUCCAGGUUUAAUGCGGCUAAGCUCUACAAGAUCGCCCGUCUUUCUGGUCUCAACAACCCAAUGACUACCAAUGGUUUGUAACAAGAAACGAGUCAUAAUUGUUGCCCUUACCUUCGCUUCAGUUUGGAUAUACAUGACUUUUGACUACUUCACAAUCAGUUUGCAUAUUCAGCAACGCCCAUCAGAGGUACAAAAUGCGCCUACCAGUGCAAAUACUACCCCUACAGUCAUUAUGGCCGCAGUAAAAUAUCAAACAGAUAUCAGUGAAACAGACGAUUCAGAUAUGAACGAAACUUUCCAUCAAUUGAUUGAUUUCAAAGACUUGGGGAGGAAUAAGAGAGCAGUAUUGCUAUUGAUCAUCGUUAGCACUGCACCAGCAAGAUUUGAAAGAAGACAGGCAAUAAGAGAAACAUGGUGGAAACAUUGUUCUGAUGGCAAUCAGGCUCAGGUAGGCAGGCAAGAUAGGUUGUUUAUAAUUAUCACCAGUUAUCUCACGAUGACGUUAUUUUUAGUUAUUCAUAGCGAAAUUUUCUACCGACGAAGACGAUGCCGACGAUGCGACGACGACGGCAACAAGCAAAUAUCAACAGCUUUAGAUUAGAAAACAUCAACUUUGCACGUGCAUCACGCUUUGUUUUUUGUACUUUCAUUAUUGUUGUUCAAUGACCUCGGCGUCAAAUUCCUAAUUUCACGUUUUACAGAGAGGACGUGAACAAAAGACACCGAUUCUGAACUUGGAUACAGUCCUUUUGGAAUAAACCCUCAGAAACAUUCGCCACAAUUUGACAAUUAAACGCGGUCGAAUGGUAGUUAGCAGCAAAAUGUUGAAAACAGAGCGAAUUCUAGCAAAGUGACCUUUUCGUUCGGUCGCUCUUGUAGGUACAAAUAGCUCCUCAAUGAAUCAUUGGCGAAGGUGUCUAGGUUACAAGUAGAGAAAAGAGAAUUUAAGGGUGAAUGUCUGCAAAAAUCUAACAAAAUCGGAAAAAUCGCGGCAACGGUCAAAAAUCGAUUUCGCUCCUUUUUUCUGUGCAGUAAGCCUUAGGUGUUUAAUGAGAUGAGACGAAGCUAGUUUUUGAACAUAUUCUUUUUAACAGCCACAAACAAAAAACCGUCUCGACCCAAAAUAUCAAAAUUUCAAUUUUUUUUAAUCAAUGAGGCUAACUGAUGAACAUGGGACUCAUAGAUUCUAUGAUGUCUCGAGAUAUUCUCAACCUCGUCCUCACGGUGCCUUUCCCUGGCUUUUGGAUAAACUGAGAUGGACACAAGCGAUAGUCACUGCUGUCUCACAUUUUUUGGUCCAAAAUAGGGUCAGGAUUUUGAGAAUCGGACAGUACACCGCCACCAAGAAUUUUCAGGAGUACCCCCCGGGAGACUUGAAGCCUGGUAGCAAGUUUACCUGUCAGCAUCCACUUGCUAAUUAUCAGAUGCUUUAACGAUCUAUGAUCAUUUCAACACCAUCAUUUUGGAUUAAGAAAUCGACGCAAGUUUUAUGUUUGCCUGUAAUCUGAAUGAAACUAAAAAUGGCCGUUUUGUCUCCACUACCCCGUGACUAUACAGGGCCGAACACAGAAGGCAACGUUUUGAGGCAAGGGCGAGUACACCGUAAGCUUAGUCCACCUUAAUGAUAAAUAGUAGUCAAUCUUGCGAAGAAUAGCUCAUCAGAAGCCCAUCAAUCUCCCAUACAACCCCUUGGGGUCAACACUAUCUCGAGCAGAUUUAUCAACUGAAUGGUCCGCAGCGAAGGCUUCGCACGCCGACAUUAUGAUCCAUUACCAUUAUUACCAUCCUACUCAUCAUCGUCAUCAUUAUUAUCAUCAACACCCUCAUCAUAUACAUUCCCCAAAAGUGAUGAUAGCAACGUUUCAGGUUAAAACUCCGUAGUUUUCAAUUGCAUUUUUGUCCUUAGUAUUGUUAGGCCGUUUUUUACAUGAGGAAACUUUUAAAGCUUGAUUUUAGGUGACGUGACACGAGGAAACAUCUCUUUUUCACAACCGUAGUGUUCCGCGCGUUUUUGCUUUUUGUUCCUUUAAUUGCUUUAGGAACAACCUAGGAACGCACAAGAAAGGAACUUUCUUUGCACAAUAGGAACAAAGGUCGGCAAAUUUCGGAACAAUCUGGUCCGUUAGCAGCAAAUUGGAACACAAAGUUCCUUUUUAUUCUAGUCAAAAGGAACAGCUGGUUCCUCUUUUAUCCUUUCAGGAACAAAAGGUCCUCUUUCAACAGUUCCGAUUUCCCUUCAUGUUCCUUUCGAAGUGAUUGGGAAACAAAUGUUCCCAAUCUAAUUUCUCGCUCGACACAGUAAGGAACAAAUUGUUCCUAUUUACUGGCAUAUCUACUGCUGUUCGGAACGCCCUGUUCCCUUUCGGUUCAAAUUGUACCUAUUCAUGUCCAACAGGAACGGAAUUGUUCCUAAUCGAGGUGGUUUUUUUGUUCCUCAAGAAGAGUUUUAUGUUCCGCGUAUAAAUGGGAACAGGUUCCGAAUCUGUGACCAAGGAACUAGCGUUCCAUUUUGCGCAAAGUGUAAAAAGGAAUAAGGAACAAUAGUUCCUGUUAAUCGUACGCUAUAUGAAACUACUGUCCAUCACCUCCGCUAUACAAAUUUACCAAAACAUAUAUCCGUCAACAAUCAAGUUAAGUACGAGACUUGCCCGCUACAUGUUUAAUCUUGUUUGGGCUUGCCCGCGCAAGUUCAGGCUUGUGUCUUUGUUCCUUUUGAUUAAUUGUGUACCAAAUACGGACAAGAAAACAAUGGGGCAAGGGCAAGAAUGACCAAGUGUGGGCAGACAUGGACUAACAAAUAUCUCAUUGAUGUGAAGUAUAUGAAAUAAUUCAUUUUUGAACUGCGGUUGUAGAUGAAAGUGAAGAAUGAUCAUCGCAGUAAAUUUCCAAUGAUCUCUUGGGGACCCUUUUGCUAGUAUAAGUGCAUGCACACUUCAGAAAGAUAUCGAUUUCAAGCUAAUGCUUAAGAUGAACAAACGAGGCAACGAUGUCAACUGGUCAAGUUAACAAAUGCAUCGCCUAAACCAAAAAGACUUCACAUAGAAGAGGAUGACUCUGAUGGUCUUUUUCACUACCCAGUGCAAAUUUCUAACCACGAUGGAUUCACUACGCAAAGAGGCUGUAAAAAACACGUAAAGAACAAACACAGUUGGUACUAUCACGUCGACGAGAAGCCAGACAGUGCUCAAAUCGAUACGCUUAAUGUCGAUGAAACCAACAAAUGUAAAGCCAGUGAUCAGAAGAUUAUACCACUUAAAAGCAGGGCAACUGCCUCUUUUGACCCUACAAACAACAUUGCCAAGAACUUUUUUCGUGGCUAACUGACAGUGGUGGGGGCUGUAAAAGUUAACGACAAGCACAACAGAUCGUAAGUAAGUGCUUAAAGUUUCUCAAGUUUUGUUGCAAAGACGAAGAGGAGCUGACAUUUGACAUUGUGGACUUAAGUUAUGCUCACCGAAUCUCCUUUUCAAGUUUGUUGAUACGAUGCGUGAUGAUUGGAAUCUGGGACACGCGGGAGGCAUAGGCUACUUGGAUGCCAUUGCAGAAUUGGUGGAUUAUCGAAAAGUGAAUGGAGCAUCGGAAUCAGUAUUGAGAGGGCUGGCUUCAACAGAAGUUUACUAGAAAAAAGUGCGCAAAACCGUUUCCAAAAUGAUGCGCUUGCAGUGGACCAGCGAACUGGACAUCGAUGCCUUACAAGCCAAGGGGCACUGGGCCACACUAGAAGAACUGUUGGAAGUCGUGGGGCGCUACUUGACUCGCGGACUGAAAUUGCCUGGCUACUGAAAUCAUGCAAGGAGAAACUGGGUGCUGGUCUGCCAAUAGAUUUAUCUUUUGCCACCAAAUUUUUGGCCGUCUAUUUAUUUAUCAAGGUCAAGGGCUCGAGGCCCAUGACAUAUCAGUACUUAACGGUGGAAAUGGUGUACAAAGUCAAGACUAACGGUGGAUUUAUAGACCAGAAAAUGUUCAAAAUGGUUGGAAAACUUGGCUUCGAUUCUCUUUACCUGGCUGAGACGAGCAUGCAACUGUUGGAUGGCUACAUCAACCACAAUCGCCCCCUACUCAGACCGACCUGCGACUUUGUUUUGGUGACAAGAAAUGGAGAGCAGCACAAUAAGCUGGGAGAGCUAAUGAGUAAACUGCUCUUCGAUGCAACGGGCAAAUACGUUCACUCAACUCGCUAUCGACAGAUUGUGGAGACUGCGAGUUGCAGGCAGCUGUCAGGGGCACCCAACGACAAUUUUCGGAAAAUUAUCUGUUCGGAAGACGAUUUGAGAUCUAGAAUUUUCGGAUCAUUUUCUGUAAAAUUUCUUGCUUGCCUGCUUCUCCUAGGAUUUUCGAACAUCAAAAAAAAGGUAUAAUUGCCCAUUUUUAACGGAUUUUUACCCUAAAAAGGUCACCUAGAAUUUUCGGUAGCCUUUUUUCUGGCUGAAAUUUUCGGAAAGGUAGAUCUUGAUCCCUAUAAUUUUCGGAUCACUAUACUUUCAGCUAGGAAAUCCGAACAGAUGAAAAAUUUUUAGGGGAUAAAAAUAAGCCUUUAUAUACUGUUUAAAUACUAAAGUACGUUCAACAAUGCUAUGUUUAUGUGGUUUUGAACUAUAUUCUCGUUGGGUGCCUCUGAGCUGUGCAGCAGAGUGCAGAGCACAAUCUCCGAGGACCAGAAACAUAGCUCUGUUAUUGUAAGGGUUCACUAUCAGAAGCAGCGAUCGCGCGAGGUGGCGAGCAAAGCACAUGAACAUUUGGAACGAUUGCACGGGGAAAAGGGAUCCAAGCAAAGAAAUAGACGUAAGCUCGAGGCUUUCAGGCAAUUCUGCGUCUUCUGAGGAUCAAAAUGGCAGCAAAACCGUUACUUCCCCUAACAACGAAGGAGAAACAAUCACAGAAACACCACCCAAUCGUCUUUCAGGUGUCCCGAGACUAAAGCGAGAAAAUGCGUUUAUAUUGACAGAUUUCCCGGCCAAAGCUGUUCACCAAAGCUGGUUGGCUAGAAAUCCAGCCUUGGCUUGAAGAACUUGACACUUGACUUGUGAAAUGCUCGCUAUCGCUUUCCUCCCCGUUAUCCUCUAGGUGUUUUUUUAAUUUUCUUUGGCGCUUUCUUUGGCCCUUGUGUACCUAUAGCACUAAAGAAAAAUGCCACACUUUGUACUCCUGCAAAAAAUGAUGUCGAAAUCAGGCCAGGUUUGCUUAUUCAACCGAUCGAUUCGUAAUAAGGAUUCAUAAUUGACAUUUCAAUUCAUUUUGAAUACAAACCUUGCAAUGCCUUGUCGCAAGCGUCUCGCGUCCUGCACACCUCGUUCCAUCCUCUCUGUAGGCCUUCAUCGAUAUUGCAUCUACGCUUACAACUCGCUACACUACAUUUGUCCACGACUAUUGGACUUAAAUUAAAAAGCACAAAGCAGCUCCUUUAAUAUUCUCACUGUUCAGUUGUCGACGAGGAAAAUUUGCUCUUCGCUUGCUCAUCGUGAAGCGAAAGCAUGUCACUUCACUGUGAAUAAUUAUAUCAAUGAAAUUUUCCCAGUAGACAAAUUCUGACACCCUUAUCCAUCGCUCAACCUUAGUCACACAGAGUUAUUGCGUAAUCCAAAAUGGGAUAAUUGACAACUAAAGCUGAAGAGUAUUUGACCUAAAUUAGCGACUUGAUCCCGUUUCCGUGAAAUCCGCGAGAUCUGCAAAAUCCUAUGACAGAAAAACCUUCUUUGUGAUGAAUUCCAGCCACUGAAAUCCACAUGAACUGCCAGUUUUACCCUAAAAAAAUAGAAACAAUAAUAAUAGUAAUAAUAAUAAUAAUUAUUAUUAUUAUUAUCAUUAUUAUGAUUGUUAUUAUAUAUCUUAUCCGCCGUUUCCGUGAAAUCCGUUGUAUCCAGCCCAAAAACAGAGUUUCUUCUUUGAUACCUUCAUUAAAAUUCUUAUUUCCGUUAAGUCUAAUAGAAUACAACUCUGGUGUUCGUCAAUGUCAAUUAUAACGUUAUUCCGGUGGAAGGAUUUUCCGGAUUUGGCGGAUUUAGUUGAUUUUUUUCUCUAUUUUACUCAAUGUGGUUUAGAAACAGGAGAGUGAUGUAUGUGUUUGUUUUGAUUUAACCCUCAAAGUUCUCAUUGAACGAUACAAGCAGUAUCAUGAAGUAAGAUCGCCCUGGGUAAGCCCUUGUUUUCUGGUAUAAAUUUAAGGCUAAGAUCUCUUCAUACAGUCUAGGAACAAGCGUUCCUUUCAAUGGCCAUUCCUCUCACGAGGAACGCUUUCGCGGAAAAACGUACAGAUUUAUUUGCAGUUUUUAGCAAAAGAUCUGAGAAUGUGCUUUUUAGCUUUUUCCUGCAUAAAACUACUAAGAGAUAUAGUUUUAGAAAGAUCUUCGCAGUACUGAGUAUUAUUUUAAGGCUUCAUAAAAAGGGAACUGAAUUUACGGGAAACGAUCAUUAUCAUCAUCUGAUCAUAAUCAUGAGCGGCAGCAGCAGAAGAAGAAUCACCAUCAUCAGUACCAUCUUUAUUAUCAUCACAUCAACAUCUUCACCAUUAUCACUAUCAUCAUCAUCAUAAUCAUUACAAGACCAUUUUCAUCAUCAUCAGCAUCAUCACCAUCAUCAUCAUCGUCGUCGUCGUCGUCGUCAUCGUUAUUACAACCGUUUGGAACAAAGCCAUGUUGAAAAAGAGGUGGAGUAUAUGCCAGAUUAGGUUGGACGCCAUUGUUAUUUUAUUUCUCAACCUACAAAAGCGCUCCAGCUUAAAAAAAGGGCUAAAUUUUAAUAUAAAUAAUAUUAAUAAAAUUUCAAUUGACUGCAAUGAUUGCGGCACAGUAUAUGUAUUUUGGUUACUAAAUUACAUUUACAAGUUGUUGAACUUUCUAAAAACGCGAACAUUAAUUCACAGUAAGCAAAAUCGCGAAUCGCAAAAAAAAAGUAUUCCCGCAAAAUACUAGCUAUCGAAACAAUCGCCCAUCCUCAAACAAAAAAGGAAGAAGGACACCUGAUCUAAGGUUACCAUUCACCAGAAAUGAGUGCCAGUCAGCGUAGUGGAAAGGCUGGUAUUCAGUGUUUGCACGAAUACCCAAUUUUUCACUUUUUAUUUCAACUGCAUGACUAAAUAGCCUUCUGAACUAGGCUACACAUGAUACCUGUGAUUUGCAUAAUCAUACUUUCCCUGGACAGCCGUCCAGAAAAAAAAUCUGGACCGGAAAUUUUGGAAAUUAGGAAGAGUUGUUUAUCUGCCGAUGGAAACUGACGUUGAUGGAGACAAUUUAAAAAGUUUAAAUGGGCCGGGGUUUCGAGGGGUUGCCCAGGGUAUGUUUAAGUAUCGAGACCCUCGUUCGAGUUGAUCGGCACCAGCCUCGACUUUAGAAAUAGAAAGAGUACAUGUUUAUGUUAUUAUCAAACUGCUACCAAUUUCUUUCACUCUGCACAGAACGCAAGAACUUUUAUAUGGUGAUAUUACUGAGUUUUGAAGUCGCGUUGACGUAAGUGCCUGCGUGGAUAAGAAUAAAUACUGAGACUAAUUAGAGGAAGCGAGUGUGACUCACGCAGUCGAUUCCUUAUUUUACAGUUAUAGUCCAGAAUGAAAGCAACGCUUUGAAAAACACACUAUUUUAUCUUACCUGUAUCAUUUAAGCAACACAAUGACAACAAAUCACUAUAUAAAUGAGCCAAAAUUGUCAUUUAUCUAUCUCAAAUCUAUCGCGUGAUGCCUUGUUGUUUGUGACCUAAAUUUUAGGUCAGAUUGAGAUUUAUCUGGAAAUUCAGACGGUGCUCGCUCGAAACCUUUACGAGAUCCCAGAAAAACAAAACUGUAACUUUUAAGGACUCUAUUUUAGGAAUUUAUGGUAGCAAUCUCAACGAUCUUCAGGCACUACCACAUGCCUUUCUAUCGCGAUGAUUUAACCCUACUUUUGCAUGUCCUUGAAGGGCUGUAAAUGUUUUCUUCAAAUUUCGAGUUUAUUUCUUACACAAAUAACCCGAGACGAAAACUAUCCAUUUGUCUUAGUAAAACAAGGCCCCUACUGAAUAGUUAUCGUGAAAGAAGACUGGCUGCUAUGGCUUAGAUCGAACACGAUCAUUUUGAACAUAGUGAAAUUUUUAGCUGGCGCGUAUCCAAAUACGGCUAAUUAUUUUUAACGGUUUAUUUCAAAAGAAAAGAGUAUUUCAAAAAACUAGUUCUAUUUUACUGAAGGUAGUACAUUAGCCUUUCCAUGGACGAAAAAUGAGCCAAAUCGAUUUUUUGACUGUGGCCACGAAUUUUCGAUUUUUGUUUCAUUUUUACUGACAUUCACUAUUAAUCUGGUGGGUCUGCUUCUCCUGAAAACAUCUUGUUCCAUCAUUUCAUCAUUUUCGUUUCCUGUUUUUAUCUCACGUAUUUUAUGGAACAUUAGCCUGUUUCAGGCUCCGAGAUAGUCGGGUCCACUGAACUGAGAAAGCGCGAACAUGAAAAUAAAACGGGAGGAAACUGGGAGAGGAGGGGCUAUCCCUUCCUUUUAGGCAGGUACAAAAGUCGGACCGGAUCAAUUCGGACCGCCAGUCCGGGUCGGAUCAACUCGGAUCGACUCGGACCAACUCGGAUCGAAUAAAAAAUUGAAAAUAAAAUAAAACUGUACUCGGAUCAACUCGGAGCAAUCAAAAAAAUUAAAUCAGCAAAACUGAAAGUUUAACCCAUUUGGAGGGUCAAAAAAGGCCAGAUCAUCCUUGGCUUUCAGGCGCCAUUUUGUUUUACUAGGGCCAGUUCCUCUCGGAUCAUGUUAUAAGCUCGUGGUUGUGGUUGGACAGUAAAGAAAUGAUAGUUUCAGUCGCCUAGAAUGUAUAUAUUUUCUUAUUUAUUAGACUAAUGAAUUAUUUAUGACAAAAUCAUCAAAAGCCUUGUCUGUUGAUCGCAUUUAGAUAGUUACCGAAGAGUGUUUGUUUGUUUGUUCCUGUUUUUUUUUUUUUUUUCUGCACGACUUCUGAAACUUAAUUUCAAUGAUACACUAGUGAGCAGCACACAUACAUUUCCAGUGAAAAAUUUCAACUUGGAAGGAGGAGAAACCAUGCUCGCCCAGGACAAAGGAAAUUUCCAUGCCCAGGGCAAGAAUCGAACUCGCGACCCUCCGGUUCAGUGGUUGGAACGUCCGAUUUUCAUGUAGUAUUCGGAGGGUCGUGAGCUCAAUUCUCGCCUUGGGUACGAAAAUUUUCUUUGUCCCGGGCGAGCAUGGUUUCUCCUCCUUCCAAGUUGAAAAUGUUCACUGGAAGUGUAUUAUGCUGCUCACUAGUGUAUCAUUAAAAUUAACAAAAAUAAAAAUAAAAUUAAUUUACGCAACCACGAGUUCGUGAAAAAAAAAACAAAAUGGCGGGUGAAAGUUGAGAGAUACCGACUGAUUUUAUUUUUCUUUUUAUAAUGCGAGUUGUUUUUUUUUUUAUGAUCCGAAUUGAUCCGAUUCCAGUUUUAUUUUAUUUUUAUUUUUUUAUUCGAUCCGAGUUGGUCCGAGUCGAUCCGAGUUGAUCCGACCCGGACUGGCGGUCCGAGUUGAUCCGGUCCGACUUUUGUAACUGCCUCUUCCUUUUUCUUUUUCCCGCUCCGCCAACUCUUCGCAUGCCUUUCAGUUUCUUGUCUUCGCCACUAUCUGAGACCCUGGAACAGGCUAAUGGUAUAUGUGUGAAAAUCUUCAUUACGAAUCGGUAUAGUAUAUUUCAAAGAGCUACUCAACGAGCAAGAUAACUAUUGACUGACAACAUACAGAUCAGGGGCACCCGCAGUGUCAACUAUUACUAGUACUACUCUAGAGAACUGUUUCUCUUAAAUUUCGUCUUAUUCUCGUCCUUAUGUAUAUAUAAGUUUAAUAAGUUUAAGUUUAAACUUCUACUAGGAAAACAAAACACACAAGCUAAAGAGGUCUAUUAACGGGCCCGAAAAGCUGUUGUCGUUUACAUUAAAGCUCGAAGUUUCAGUAAGUUUACAAAUAACAUGAUAAAACUAUCAGUAUAUAAUUUGAAUAUUUGAUUUGAUUUCGGGCCCGCAAAGUUACGGGGACUUUCGAGAAAUGGGCCCCGGCAUAGCCCCUUGGCGUUCUCGGCUCGGUCAAUCCUGGGCCGGGUUGUUCCAACCUCGUCCCCAGAGCGCUUUUCCCUGGCUUUGGAGGUGGGGCGGGAAAAGGCCCUGGCAUUGGCCGGCCAAUCCGUCAUUUUUAUUGGUUGAUUGAUUUAGGUAAUUCAUGUAAGAAAAUGGCAAAAUGAAAAUAAUUUAUGCAUUACACCGAGAUCGAAAUGGCGGAAAGUAUGUCCACUACAACGAAGAUUUUUGAAAGAAAUCCAGCGGUUGUUCUCAUGAGAGUCGCUACAUACUUUGAAUAUUCAGCAAGGACGGCUUGUCUAAAGAUCUGUAUUCAAAAGUUUAUAAAACCUGUCGUAUAAGAAUUUCUGAGGGCAAUACGAGGUCAGCAGUGUUAUGUACGAGUGGGCUUACAAUCGUAGACAAGAUGGACCAGUUUUUUCGGAGGACUCAAAGCAAUCUGUAGACAUAACGCCUGAUCUAAGCUCAGAAUAUUCUGUAAAGCGGUGCGUUGAACUUUCACCGUUUUCGUAUCAACCGUCGAAGCGUCUAUCAAAGGAUAUGUCACUCGAAAGCUUCGAUGUGGAUGAACCGCAAUAAAAGGGGGUGAUAGGCCAACACGACUUUCACUUCAUGCCAAAAUGAUGCUUGUUAUCAUAAGUUAUUUUUCUCUGCUGGGUAGAUUAUGCUCUGGAAGGUUUUACAUUUUCACUGAGCAAAUGUGAUUUUAACCGCUUGUUUCACACUGAGAGGUCAUGGCACACACUUCGAUUUACCGUGGUUUUUGUUUCUGGUCGGCAGGAUUUGCCCUCUGAUGCAAGAGCAGUUUCUUUGACCUCUUUUCAAGCGUAAAGCUUUUUAUUACGGUUGAGGGUUUUAAUUUUCUCCAAAGUGCCUUUUGGAGCUGAAUAACUAAGCGAUUUUCUUUAGUCCCUGAAUGUUGUUUUUCUGCAGUGUUGUAUCACGCUGGUCCCAGGUUGUUAGUUUUCUUAUUAGCUUUCCAGGGUGUUAAAUUAUAACGGAUAGUGAUUUACAGGUCCAAAUUUGGAUUGUUUUGUUAUUGCCACUUUGUGAUCAGGCAAGACCAUGGUUUUGGUUCGCCACGCGAACCUCAUUGGUUUCCGGGUUGGCUUCGUGCUUAGUUGCUUGUACAAUUAGAAUAACUUUAGUUGUUCUUUAUCGUGGCGAGAACGGUACAGCCGUGAAAUAGUAUCGACUUGCCAGAUCCAGUUGGGAAGACUCCAAUAACAUCCUAGCCUUUCAGGAUAGAUUCGAAACACUUUAAAGUUUAGAGGUUUAAAAUUAAGUGAUGGAAAGUUACCGUUUCAGGGAAAAUCCGACCCGGCGAAGCACCGAUAAAAACUCUGGUCUAACUCCAUCUUCGAUGUUUUAUUUAUCGUAUACGAUCGUAUGCUAAUUUAGUACAGGGCCUUUUCCCGCCCCAACCCCAAAGCCAGGAAAAAAGCGCCCUGGGGACAAGGUUGGGGUUGUUCAAAGCAGGGUUAAGAUAACUCAGGGUUAGGCGAAAUAUAAAUUCAGAUCUUAAAACUUAAAAAGCAAAUUCAGUUUAUUUCUUUUUGCUUGCAAUGUAAUGAAUUGAUGGUCUAUCAAGAAUAGUGAAAAUUGUCCGGGAAAAUGCUUUUGAGCAAAAGAAUAAGAAACCAAGAUUAAACUUUAAUCCUGAGUUAGCGCUAAUCGGCUUUCGACCAACUGGGUCUUGGACUCUACCGUGAACUGUGACGUCACCGAGAGAGACUCUCCCGUUCUUUCCCAGACUUCGCGCGGACAACGGGCAAGAUAGAACGCCUAGGGACUAGGCUGGAGUCCCAGGGCUUUUCUCUUGGACUGUGGGAGUGUUCCAUCCAAGAUUUACAUGAGAAAGGCCCUGAGGAUGGCUCACACGACAGCCGGGACAUAAGGGGCAGUUCUAACCUCGUGGGUAUAACUUGAAUUUCUCUUUCUUCAGGUUGAAUGUGUCUUCAUGACUGAUGGACUCAUAACAAACCGAACUCAACGUAACCUUAUAUUAAACGAAAAGGGUAAAUACAAGGAUGUUAAGCUUCAGCGUCUCAAAGGAGGCCGUGAGUUUGGAUUCCGCUUCCUUAACCAAAUCAAAUGGGCAGCGGCGAAAUUUAACUUUCAGUACCUACUUAGAAUCGAUGAUGACUACUUCCUGUGUUUAAAAAGGCUUCUUUCUGAGCUUCCAUUGAGGCCGAAACAAACUCUAGUCUGGGGAUUUUUCCACUGUGAAGCAGGAAUCACAUGGAUGGAUGAAGCAUUUAUGAUAUUCUCUGAAGAUAUCAUUCAAACGUUCUUGGCGCAGAACGAAGGCUCGAUGUUGUGUCAUCCACAUGCGGACCAACAAAUCAUGUUGUGGCUGAGCAAUAUUCUACAAAAAACAUACUUCCACGAUACUAGGUUACAUCAUGCGCCUCCAGCGUCAGUUGUUGCUCAAUUUAGUAACAUCUCGAAUGUUUGUGACUCCUAUUUGGGCGCGCAUGGAGCAUACGUUAAGACCAUGUAUUAUCUCGGGCUGAGGGCUAAUGACAGCGCCAAAGAGUUUUCAACUAUUCCUGAUUUUGCAAGAUUUUGUACCACAAAGUUUGAUCAUCGUGUAUUUAAUCCUGAGUGGCGAUAUGAGCCCAAGCCCUGCAAAGAUAACCCAACAUGGAACUUGGGAAAUGAAAUGUGGUUUGGUAAAGAAGCUGGUCAAGGAAGGUAACCUGAAAUUAAUUUUUUAGAAAAAAUAAAAACGAUAGAAGGCCGUGUUUUAGAGGAUGUCAAGGAAUGGAAUUUUGUUGUCCCGUUUUUAAUUCACUGGUGGUGAAAUUGAUAUUUUUAUGGCUAUUCAAAUGCUGCAAGAACCUUUAGCACAGUGACGUUAAACAGUGAAAGUAUCAUCAACGCUCCGAAACCAAACUGAAAGAGAAGGACAAAAUUUGCCGUUCAUGACCCAUCUAGUUCUUUUAAACGUUAACAAGAGAGUUACCGACAGGUAUUCAGCUAGUAUUUCGAAUAAAGUUUGAUGGAAGUUGUAGUUAUUUUGCGUAAAGUUGGUUAGUUUAUGAUUUUUCGCAUGUUGUAUAGUUCGCAGUAUAUUACAAAUUUUUCCAGUACCUUAUUGUGGCCUUUAAAAACUGAUUUACACACAAUCCCGUUUUAACUUAGCAAAUAGUCAUUUCUUAGGCUAUAGGUGAAUCCUUUUUCACACCUGUAAUGCUUUUUUUUGCCUC